UCAAAGGUGUUGUAUUUUGACCUGACACCAUGGCCCACCAGUACCCAGCCCUCAGCUCAGAGCAGAAGAAGGAGCUCUCAGAAACCGCCCAGCGCAUUGUUGCCAAUGGAAAGGGGAUCCUGGCUGCAGAUGAAUCUGUAGGCACCAUGGGAAACCGCCUGCAGAGGAUCAAGGUGGAAAACACUGAGGAGAACCGCCGGCAGUUCCGAGAAAUUCUCUUCACUGUGGACAGUUCCAUCAGCCAGAGCAUCGGGGGAGUGAUCCUCUUCCAUGAGACCCUCUACCAGAAGGACAGCCAGGGAAAGCUGUUCAGAAACAUCCUCAAGGAGAAGGGGAUCGUGGUGGGAAUCAAGUUGGACCAAGGAGCUGCUCCCCUUGCAGGAACAAACAAAGAAACCACUAUUCAAGGGCUUGAUGGCCUCUCAGAGCGCUGUGCUCAGUACAAGAAAGACGGUGCUGACUUUGGGAAGUGGCGUGCUGUGCUGAGGAUUGCCGACCAGUGUCCAUCUAGUCUCGCCAUCCAGGAAAAUGCCAACACCCUGGCCCGCUAUGCCAGCAUCUGUCAGCAGAAUGGGCUAGUACCUAUUGUUGAGCCAGAGGUAAUUCCUGAUGGAGACCAUGACCUGGAACACUGCCAGUAUGUUACUGAGAAGGUCCUGGCUGCUGUCUACAAGGCCCUGAAUGACCAUCAUGUUUACCUGGAGGGCACCUUGCUAAAGCCUAACAUGGUGACGGCUGGACAUGCCUGCACCAAGAAAUAUACUCCAGAACAAGUGGCUAUGGCCACCGUCACAGCUCUCCACCGCACUGUUCCUGCAGCCGUUCCUGGCAUCUGCUUUUUGUCUGGUGGCAUGAGUGAAGAGGAUGCUACUCUCAACCUCAAUGCUAUCAACCUUUGCCCCCUACCAAAGCCCUGGAAACUAAGUUUCUCUUACGGACGGGCCCUUCAGGCCAGCGCACUGGCAGCCUGGGGUGGCAAGGCUGCAAACAAGAAGGCAACCCAGGAGGCCUUUAUGAAGCGGGCCCUGGCUAACUGCCAGGCAGCCAAAGGACAGUAUGUUCACACGGGCUCUUCUGGGGCUGCAUCCACCCAGUCGCUCUUCACUGCCUCCUAUACCUACUAGGACCUGAUGCCCGCCAGCCUGGCUCCAGUGCUUCUAGGUGUCUCAGUAAGAGGGCUGAAAGGGAAUGACCUUUCGACCAACACUGGAAAUGAGAAAAAAUUAGAUUGGAACUGCUGGAAACACAAAACAUGUUAAUCUUAAACAUAUGAGAAAGAAACCAAAUGAAACGAAACAUCUCAAAAGCUGAGUGUAGAGAAGUAGAGAAGUGCAUCUUAUGAAACAAUCUUAGCAGUGGUAGGUUGGGAAGGAGAAAUCUGCAACCUUAAGAAGAAAUAAAAUGUUCUAUAAACCUUC